GGAGAUCAAGCACCACACACCUUUCUCACAUUUAACUGCUUAUUAAGUCAUCAACCUGAAAACAUAUAUUUGUUCUCAUUAUUGUGACACUUGAUCACUAUCUACAUGGCUGCCAAUAAUCAAUUAAUAUAUCAUAUUUCAUUGGCUUUGCUUUUGUGUUUGGGAUUGUUGGCAGUUCAAGUCACAUCUCGCACUCUCCAAGAUGACUCUAUGUAUGAGAGCCAUGACCAAUGGAUGCGUCACUAUGCCAAAGUCUAUAAGGAUUCUCAAGAAAAGGAGAAACGUUCCAAGAUAUUCACACAAAACAUUAAUUACAUUCAAGCUUUCAACAAUGCUGGGAAUAACAAACCAUACAAGCUAGGCAUUAAUCAAUAUGCAGACCUGACUAAUGAGGAGUUUAUAGCAUCUAGAAACAAAUUCAAGGGGCAUAUGUGCUCCUCAAUCAUAAGGACAACUACUUUUAAGUACCAAAAUGUAACUGCACUUCCAUCCACAGUUGAUUGGAGGAAGAAAGGAGCAGUGACACCUGUGAAGAACCAAGGCCAAUGUGGAUGUUGUUGGGCAUUUUCUGCUGUUGCAGCAACUGAAGGAAUUCAUAAGUUGAGUACUGGAAAGUUGAUCUCUUUGUCAGAACAAGAACUUGUUGAUUGCGACACAAAAGGUGUGGACCAAGGUUGUGAGGGUGGUCUUAUGGAUGAUGCUUUCAAAUUCAUAAUUCAAAAUCAUGGACUCGACACUGAAGCUCAAUACCCUUAUCAAGGUGUUGAUGGAACAUGCUACGCAAAUGAAGCAUCCGUCCAUGCAGCUACCAUUACUGGUUAUGAAGAUGUCGCUGCAAACAAUGAGCAAGCAUUACAAAAAGCUUUGGCAAAUCAACCAAUUUCUGUAGCCAUUGAUGCUAGUGGGUCUGACUUUCAAUUUUACAAAAGUGGUGUCUUUACAGGUUCAUGUGGAACUGAGUUGGAUCACGGAGUCACUGCGGUGGGAUAUGGUGUCAGUAAUGAUGGAACCAAGUAUUGGUUGGUUAAGAACUCAUGGGGCACUGAUUGGGGUGAACAAGGUUACAUUAGGAUGCAAAGGGGAGUCGAUGCUGCUGAAGGACUUUGUGGCAUUGCAAUGCAAGCAUCUUACCCUACUGCUUAAGUGCCAAACUUAAUGCUUAUGUUACCUAAACUUUGUAAUUCAAAUUAUACUAUGAUUGUUUGUACAUGUAUCAGCUACAUUCAUCAUGGUUUCUACUGCUAUUUGUGUAUAUUCAUCUACUGGUUAUACUUGUGAAUUUAUCAAUACAAUGAAGAUAUUAAGAGUUUAUUUUAUCGUUCA